AUGUGUUUGUGUGUAUUUGAAAACCUGCUUUUCUGGUUCCUAAUGGAAGUAGAGGUCUGCUCUAGGACACACACAGUCGGAGGCUGUGUCUGCUUUUUAAACCGUUCUGUAUUACUGAAAUGAUUGUGUCAACAGUUGGCUAAGAUGAUUGACUUAGGGAGUAUGCUUCUGAAGAAGUCCAGCACUAAGGAUUGCAUGAUCAUUCAAACAGCUCUUUGAAGAAGUCAUAAUUUUUAUAUAUCAAGUAAUUCUUUAUUCUUCUUUUAAAAAUAGUCAGGGGUGUCCUUUGCCCCAAAUUAACUGCCUAUAAAUAGGAGUUUGCAUUGUUUAGGAUUUUAGACUUUCUAGAAUGUUUUUUACCAACAAUAUUUACCCACAACAAGUAUAUUAUGUGCCUUUUAUAUUCCUGUUUAGUAGAAGAGAAAGCCAGAAAGCAUGCUAAGUAUAUGGUCAAAACCACAAGCUAAUUAUUGACAGGAGCAACUAAACUGGAGGGAGCCUCCUGAAGCUCAGGCCUGCCAAGUACAGCAGAGUUCUAGUUCACCUCUGUGUUAAGUCAUGGUGUGUCAGGUGUUUCUUGCAGUUCCAAGUUUAACUUUGCCACAUUGCUUGGCUUUGUUACCUCAAGUAACUUGCAUCAAGGAGGGUCUUUUAGAGACAGGGGAACGUCUAUGAUGCCUACAAGUGCGCAGCGUACCUGCGCAGGGCAGAGGUGAACACACUCAGCCUGCCAUUCCCUCUGAAUAGGAAGGAGUGGGGAUGAUUUGAUUCCUAGGUGCAGGGCGGUGCUGCACACAGUCUGAUGCAAUUGUUGGAUUCUGAAAACACUGUUCACAUCCAGACUGGGCAUGUGAAAAUUACACGACCUCCGUUUCUUAAGACGUCAUAGCUGUGGAGUAGUAGAACAAGCCUGGACAUUGACGUGGGAGAACUGGAUCCCUUCCUCUGUACAGUCUUUGCUCUCUUGUGGGAGUGGUUUGCGUUCAGCUGUUAGUUUUAACUCUUUCAUGGACCAUGCUUAUUCUGCUGUACUUCAGCCCCCUCUGUAAGGUGUCCCAGCCUCACUGCUGUGUAACCAGAGGCGUGGUAGCUGCAGCUGUUGGGAUCCUAAUCCUUCUGCAUGGCCCCGUUGCCAGUGUGUACAGUAGUAAACUGUGCUUUGAUGCAAACCUUCAGCCUCUACCAGAGGGCUCAGCAACAAAACCGAAGUUAACUGCUGUCUUCUAGGCAAGCAAAAGAUGUGAUGCCUCUUCUGUGGCAGCUGUGUUCGUCUCUGUUUUCAAGAAAUGAUCAAGAGAACACCAAUAUAUAGCCAUCCGUAGAUUGAUCACUUGAUGGAGCCAGAAGUUCAAGAAGAACCCAGAGAAGACUACAAUGACAAGCAGGUGGUCUCAGAGAUCAUGGCGAGAUGUUUUAUACCAACUCUGGUAACAAGCAUUUCCUGGGAAGCCUUUCAUUUCGUCGGUCAUGAGAUUCGUAUUACUGAAGCCAUGGACUGUUACGGUGCUGUUGUUUGGCCCUCGGCACUCGUUUUAUGCUAUUUCCUGGAAACAAAUGCAAAGCAGUAUAAUAUGGUUGACAAAAAUGUGAUUGAAAUUGGAGCUGGAACAGGGCUGGUUUCCAUUGUGGCAAGUUUACUUGGUGCUCGUGUGACUGCAACAGACUUGCCUGAAUUACUUGGAAACCUGCAGUAUAAUAUUUCCCGAAAUACCAAAAUGAAAUGCAAGCAUUUGCCUCAGGUUAAGGAACUCUCCUGGGGAGUAGCUUUAGACAGAAACUUCCCCAGGGCCACCAAUAGCUUUGAUUAUGUCCUGGCAGCGGAUGUUGUCUAUGCCCACCCCUUCCUGGAAGAACUCCUCCUUACCUUUGACCAUCUGUGCAAAGAGACGACCAUCGUCCUCUGGGCCAUGAAGUUCAGUCUGUUACCCACAUGAAGUCAUUUAAACCUCACAACCAUUCUGAGAAGGACCAUAAUAUCAUUAUCCCUAAUUCUCAGAUAAAGAAAGAAGGUUGAGAGACCCCAGGCUGCAUGUCCAUGGAGCACGGUGCUAGCUCAUUCAAGCCCAGCUCUGUUUGAGCCGGGAGCCUGUGUUCCUAAUCUCGGCACUGUCUUUAUGUAUUUAAAACAGCAAUUUCCAAACUUUUUAAACAACCAAAGUCAUUUAUUUGGAAGGAAAUGUGUACCCAGAAGGAUAAGACAAUAUUUUAGGAAAAGAAAGAACUGUUCCUGCUUGAAACUGUUCUCUUGCUCCCUGGCCCACGGGUCAGCGUAGGCUUCUGUAGGAGGUGCCACCUGAGGAGCACAGGAAGGAAGGAGGGCAGUGUGUUGAAGGGAGAGGGAGCAGCCUGCCGGGGCCUGAUGGCAGAAGCUGCCAUCCUCCAGGGAACCUCUGAGGCUGGGCUUGAUGAGCAAGCACAGGAGACCCACGAGCCCUGAAGCUGGAGGGGUGCCAGCGGACCCCAACCAGGGAGGCCCUUCGUUGUGGGCUGAGUUCUCCACAGACGGACUUGAAGAGGGAAGGUAGUGUGCAGGUCACUUGUCAGACUGUGCUGUUGGGCUGAAGUCUGAUGGAAAGGAGCAGAAGGAAGUAGGACAGAGGAGUGCUGGACCUCAAGUGGCCUUCUGGGAUAGUCCCGACUGGGACAAGAUGUCCAGGCCUUGAGAACCUUAUGUGAAUCAGUCAUGGAUAUGUUGUCCCUGGAAGACUCUGUGACCUUGGGUGAGGCCACUCUUCAGCUGAAGCUUUUCCUGAAGAUGGUGACAGCUGUGGACUGUCUGCCAAUAGCACUUACAGCAGCUGGGUAAUAAGUCAUUCUGAAGAGGAUCUGGGCAGCAUGUCACAGUGUCCACUACAAACUUUUAGGUCACUGGUCACUGAAAGAACUUUGACUUUUUCUCUGGCUACAUGGAAAAUGACUGGAUGGUUUUGAGUAGAAUAGUAAAUAAUGUUAUUUUGUGUAAGGACCACUGUUAGCUUUCCAUUUCUGUGACAAAAUACCUGAGCUUAAUGAAUUUAAAGAAGGAAAGGUUUAUUUUGGCUCAUGGUUUCAGAGAUUUUAAACUGUGGUCACUUGGCUCCAUGACUUUGGGCCUGAGGCCAGACCUCACGGUGGAGAAUGCAUGCCGAAACAAAGCUGUUCACUUCACGAUGGCUGUGAACUAGAGAGAGAGAGAGAAAGGGGCCAGGGUUCCAGUAUCCCCUUCAGGGGUAUGCCUCCAGUGACCUUCUUCCUCUAACGAGGUUCUAUCUUCAAAAGUUUCCUUUAUCUCCCAAUAUGCCAGUAAGUUAUGAAUCCAUCCAUGGGCUAAUCCACUGCUGAGGCCAGAGCCCUCAUGAUCAGUCAGACUCUCAAAGGCCCCACCUCUGAACAUUGCUGCAUUGGGGACCAAGCCUUCAACACUGGAGCUUCGGGUGGUGGGGGGGCAGUGAAGAUCCAAACCACAGCAGCCACUCUGGCUGAUGUUUUGGGACUGGAAUGCAGGGACUAAAGACCAGCUGGGAGGCUUGGGCAGUCAGCCAGACAGGGUGGCAGCUGGCGGCAGGGAAUCUGCUUGGGGGUGAAAAGUGGUCAUUUCUAGAUGCAUUUGGAAGCUGGAACCAGCAGGGCUUCCUUCCCAAGAGUGUGGAGUGUGAGGGAGACAGUCAGGCUGACUGACGUGCUCUGUCUGAGCCACUGAACAUAGGUGGAGAGUCCUCAGCUGAGGGGUGGUUUGGGAAGCUCCUUCAGGGAGUCAGAGAGAGUAAAAUGAGGACUGAGCCCUGAGGUUGGACGCAGGAAGAGAUCAGACGUAGGGGUAUUCUGGGUUUUUGUUUUGUUUUAUUUUGAGAUUCUGCUCCCUCCACAGUUGUAUUAGUAUCCAUUGACUCUGAAAAAUGUGAUUCAUUCAUUUAUUUAUCUAUUCAUGCAUAUAUAUACACACAUACACCAGGGAUUGAACCCACGCUGGUUUAGAACUGCCCAGCAGAGUUCCCGGGUUCCUCACGGUGUCUCAGAGUCAUUGGGGCCUGAGGGCUGUGGAUGCCUCAGUGGGGAUCUGGGUACCAAGGGAGCAAAAUGUCUGUUGGGAUAUCACUGAGGAGUAUUUUUAGAUAGACUAGACAAAGUGUCCUUAUAAAGACGGGUUGAGGACUAAACUAAGAACGCGGUCUUUCCGAGUUCCUCUUUCUCUGCUUCGGUCUGUCAGGCGCACAUCAGAUCCACAGUCUCGUUCUGUUGGUAGCUCUCUCCUGCAGACGUGGGCACCACCCCACACUGUGCCAUCUCACUUCCUUCAUUCUGAGAAUGUGUCCACUUUUAUUUUUGCUGCAGUUUCUCCAUACUUUUCAAGUUAAUUUUAUAAUAAUUCAAUUUUCGAAGAUAAAAUUUGAAUAGGCUUUUUCUAUCUUACAACUUCUUUUUUUUAUGACUAGCAAUUGAUUUGUUAACUUCAAUCUGGAGAAAUUCUAUUGUGAGUUUUUGCCCCUUUGUUUCUGGCUUUUUGAGAAGUUGGACGAUGUUAUUAAAAUCCUUGUUCUAAUUCUUGCAGUAACUUUCUGGAUUUUCAAUAGAAUGUUCAUACUGAUAGUCAAGGUUGUAAGAGAGGUUAAAUCAAAAUAUUUAUUGCUCCACAGAAGACAAACCAACCUGUAGGAGACUCUCUGCAGUUUAAGAUGUCACACAGAUAACCAUGAGAGUUUUGUGCCUCAGACUGUGUCAACUGACUUCAGGAUAUUAAGGGUUGCAUUAAUAUCCUUAGAAUUUAAUGAUAUGUCUUCUUUCAUUUGAAACUAUU